CGCCUUCCACAAAUCAUUUUGUCACCAGCAAGCUCUGACAAAACAGAGAGAGAGGGAGAGAGAGAGAGAGAGAGAGAGAGAGAGAGAGAGAGGGGGGCAAAUAGAAGGACUUACUAGACCUGAUAAGAAAAAUACACAGCCCUGACAGAUAGAGGCAUAAGCAGAGCGAGGGAGUGAAAGAACAAGCGAGAGCAAGGAACAGAGCUGAGAAGGAGUGUGAGGAGUGCCUCACUUCUUCAGGACUCAAAACGAGUGAAAAAGCAUAAAAGGUGGACGUUGAAAAGAGUGGAGUGCUGGAGAGAAAGAGAAAGAAGGGAAUAAGGAAAGGAAGAGCAAGAGAGGGAGCGCAACCUGAUCCCAGGCUUACAAUAGUGAGAACAACUCCUGAUCCCCCUGCUACUGCCGUGGUGUUCUCGUCCGACACUCGUUCACUGGCUCUCGUCCUUCCAUUUGUCUUUGUUUUACAACUUGAUCUGGAUGAUCCUGUGCUGCAACACUGCAGGGUGUGUUCCAGAAGGACUUCACUUUCCUUGCCCUAAGGGCGAGUAAAGUGUGUACAUGCUCUGAGUCUGCUGUCGGAGAGAGGCAUGCAACCUUAAUCAGGGUCUCUUCACUUGCUUUUGGGAAGGACGUCAACGACAGCUGCUUUGUAAGCUCUGCUACACUAACUAGUAAAGGCUGCCGGGAGAACCUCUCUGGCCAGCAGAGGAAGCCAGGGGUCAUCUGAUCAACCUUUGGUGAGAAAAGCCUAGGACGGUCUCUCUUUCUGUACUCCUGGGGGUGGACUCAGCCUCUCUAUUUUGCUUGAUGGACAGCUGAGAGACAGCAAAGCACGUACGUUUUCAAAGGGUAAAGUGGCAAGGCACCUGUCAAGUGGCUAGACGCUGGAACAGGUCAGAAGGGAGCCGUCAAGCAAGGGCAAAGUUUGAAGCUGUAAGAUGCUCGUUUGUUGCACAGACUUGCUGUUGUGUCUGGACAGUAGGUUUUUGAGGUGAGGUAAUAAGCAAACUGUCAAGUGGCAAAUAGUCGUGCCAGAACAGGUCAGAAAAGAACCGUCAAGCAAGGGCAAAGUUUGGGACCAGAAACCGUAAGGCGCUUACUUGUCGCACAGACUGGCCGUUGUGUCUGGACAGUAGUCCUUAGGUUUUCUCUCAGCCGAACACUGUUUUCUCAGCAAAGCCAAAGAGAAGCAAAGGGUCUUCAACACAGACACAGCAGGGAAACUUUGGAUUUCGGCCAGACCCGUGGACUCUAACAAGCGACCCUGUGUGUGCUUGCCAGUGCUAGGACAGCUUGUUGAAACGGCACUUUAGAGACUCAGAGAAACACUAAAAGAUUGCCAGUCCAGCUUAUGUCCUGAGUGACUGCAUGUGCGUAUGUGUGUGUCUGUGUUUAUUUGCCUCUGAGUGUGGAUCUGGCAACGUCGCCAGGGCUUGGACCCUGGGGAGCUCUGUGUGAGUCCACCUUCUGAAUAAGUGUGUGGGAGUGUGGGAGAGAGACAGAUCACUUGUCAGCCGUGCACACACACACUAAAACACUUAAUUCCCUCUCUGGACCAGAGAGCAGACAGCGAGAGGCUGCAUGCUGGGAUUCCCCCUCACACUCCGGUAUAUGUAUUGACUCUAUUAUUUCUGGUGCUUUCCAUGAUACCAUCAGUAUUAUAAUCAGGUAUAAUCAGGUAGCUUCCCAGCAUCACUAACAACUCCAUCGCACCAGGUGUUCCAUAGCACACCUGUCCUCAGUACAGCUCGUACACCUGGGUAUCCUACGGACGAAGUUCAUCAUGAGACUCCUGUGUCUAGCGCUGGCUGCCCUCUGCCUGGGGGCCACAGUGAAAGGCAUGUCUACUUGCAAGACGCUGGACCUGGAGGUGGUGAGGAAGAAGCGCAUCGAGGCCAUCCGUGGGCAGAUUCUCAGCAAGCUGCGAAUGGCCAAGGAGCCCGAACCUGAGGUUGGAGAAGAGGGAAAAGACAUUCCUGAGGCCAUCAUGUCAAUCUACAACAGCACAGUGGAGCUCAGCGAGGAGUGGAAGAACAAGACAACCCCUGACUCCGAGCCCCAGGAGGAGGAAGAUUACUUCGCUAAGGAGGUGCACAAGUUCACCAUGACACGCACUGAUAACAAGACUUCGCAGAUGUUCUUCGAUGUGACGGAGAUAAAGAGAAGUAUUGUGGACUACAGGCUGCUUUCCAAGGCCGAGCUCAGGCUGCGCAUUGUAAACACCGCCAUCCCCUCUCAGCAGAGACUGGAGCUGUACGAGGGCCAGGGGGGCCACGACCAAUACCUAGGCUUCCACAUCAUCUCCAACGAUCUGAAAAACCGCUGGAUCUCGCUUGACGUCACAUCCACAGUCAAAUCCUGGCUACAGUCUCAAGGAACAGAGAAAGAGCAGAACUUCGAGCUGAAGCUGCACUGCGGCUGCGGAUCGGCCGAGCAGAAGUUAUACUUUCAAAUAUCAGGUGUGCAUAAACCAAGAGGAGACCAAAAUGCCCUUUCUUUAUUAAUGGCCAAGCCGUAUAUUCUGGCUAUGUCUGCCCCACCUGAUGGCAACACUCACGUCUCCACACGCAAAAAACGCUCAACUGGAGCUGAGGAACCGUGUGAUGAGAAAAAGGAGACCUGCUGCAAGCGGAGGCUGUACAUCGACUUCCGGAAAGACCUGGGCUGGAAGUGGAUCCACAAGCCCAAAGGAUACUACGCUGACUAUUGCAUGGGCUCCUGUACCUAUAUCUGGAACGCUGAGAACAAAUACUCACAGAUUUUAGCCCUGUACAAACACCACAACCCUGGUGCAUCUGCCCAGCCCUGCUGCGUACCUCAGGUCCUGGAUCCUCUUCCAAUCAUCUAUUAUGUGGGCAGACAACACAAGGUGGAACACUUGUCCAAUAUGUCGGUUAGAAACUGUAAGUGCAGUUAAAGCGACUGAAGUCCAUCUCCAUAGACGCCUUGCACUCCUCUUUCUCCAAUAAGCAAGCACACACACACAGCCGACACACACUUGGAUAGAAUGUCCCUGGGGGAAAGGAGUGAAUCACAAGAUGGCAGGACUGAAACGGACAGAGAAAAAGAAGGAAAAAGCAACGGGAAGAGGAGAAAAACGUGACAGAGACCAAAGAAAAAGCAAAGCCAUUCUUGAAGACUUUUGACUUUUUGACUCACAGGUGCCUUCUACCUUCUUCACAAGAUAUCACCAAGGACAACCUACCGUGUUUCAUUACAGAAUAUGCUUUAUUUUAUUUGUAAUCUUCAACUACCGUAGUAUAUCUUCAUUAAUUUAUUGCUGUUAGUAAGGUCAAAUGGUUUCACGUUACGCUGUUGUGUCCAGUUAAGGUGUAAGUCAUGAAGAUUGGCGAUGCUGUUAAGAGCAGAUAAGAGCAGAGGUAACAUUGGAGGAAUGUGUUUCCAAAGAGACAUGAAUGUGCGUACAAGAGAAGACCAAGAAGAACUUUGCACUAAACCAUGCUAAGAAUAAGGGGUUGUGGGGGUGGGUGGGUAAAGGGGUUACACUGAAGAUCAAGAGUACAUUAAUGUGUGUUGGAGGAUUGUUCAGUGUUCAGAACUGACAUGACCACUGACUGAUAAAAAAAAAUAAUAAUAAUAUUACACUCAUCGUCAAAGAAACAGUUGCACCUAGAAGGAAUAAACCGACAGGAAUGAAACUUGGUGGAUAGUCGUGCCAGGCUGCCAUUGAGUGACCGGUCCCACUUUUGUCUUUGUGGAGUAGACCAACAAAUAGUCAGUGGAAAGAAGAACGGUUUGCUGUCAUGUGUCACAUGUUCAGAAGAGACACUGGUUCUAGACUUCUUUGCUUGGGGGGAGGGCAUUAUAACAUAAAGGGGCGAUGUUGAUAGUUUUAUUUUUAAAGCCAGAGCUAAUGAUAUUGGUUAAAAAUUGAUGCAUGAAGUAAAAAAAAAUAAAAUGUUGCAUUGAUGCAUUAUAGGGUUUCCUAGAGAGUAUGUUUAUUGAAUGAAACAUUCCUAAAAUAUAUGAAGAGGGGUAUUAAGUUAAGUCUGUAUUAGGAGAGAUUAGCUGCUACUAACCAAGUUAGUAGUUUGCUUAACAGCUAGUUGCUAGUUAUACAAGUUAAGCAACAAAUAGGGUUAGAAGCCACCUAGCAACAAAUCAUCACAGGUUAGCAAACAUUAUCAUGUGAAAGUCAGUCAGUUUAAACUGGAAGAAGUAUGUAUUUCGGCUUUAUAUAUCCUUGCCUCUCACGUUCACACUGACAGGACCUGUCUUACUGAACCAGAACGUCUCUGAAUGAACUUUUCCAAACAGUCUGCUGCUUUUAUAGGUCUCAAAGAGCCAAUCAGAAAUAAGCAAGGAAAUAUCUUCACGUUGCAGAGCAAGAUGUGUUUUGGUAAUUGGUUUACAGAUUUUUUUCAGAGAUAAUUGUAAAAAUAGUUGUUGCUUGCAUUGCGCUUGCGGGUGGCUCAAUACAAUAACAGCUCAAGGUACCACUUUAAAAUAAGACUACCUUUAUAAAGGGUUUAUAAAUGGUUUACAGUUAGUGUAUUAAUGGUUACUUAUUAGGUUAUAAAUGCCUUAAAAAUCAUCAAUAAUCAGUUAUAACACAUACUCAGAAAGGGCAACAGUAUAGAUGGCUGUGGGUUCACUAUUAUGCAAACAACAGGUUAUUGUUGCCCUUUCUGCGCAUGUGUUAUAACUGAUUAUUAAUGAUUUUUGAGGAAUUUACAACCUAAUUAGUAACCAUUAAUAAACUAAUUGUAAACCAUUUAUAAACGAUUUAUAAAGGUAGUCUUAUUUUAAAAUGGUACCCAGCUCAAUGUUACAUACUUAAUAAUAAGGCCCUGCAAACAGUGGCCCUACCUUUUCUGAAUGCACACUCUUGCUUUGUAAACACAGAUACUUGCCAUAACAUGUUAUCAACACUCCACUGUGGAACACCAUUAAAAAGCUCUACAAUUGUGUUCAAUUUUUAAUCAUUUAUUGUUCCUGGUACCCAUUAUCUUCCUUACAAUUUGCAUUGCAAUCCAACACUUCCUUCUUGGUGCACGUAUAUUUGUAAGUUUUUCUUUGAUGAGGAGUGUAUAUUAGGAUUCACUGUUGUUGUUUUUGUUUCUUUAAAGCUUUAUGCCUGUAUAUAUAUAUGUGUGUGUAUGUGUCCGUUUUCUUGUAUAGAUGUUUGUAUGUGUUGAGGGGUGGCUGCAUGUGCCUCUGAGGCAUCUACAACUAUUGUUCUGGACAACUGUACAGCUGUAUGCAAAAAUGCCCUGCCCAUAAAGGGACGUCACCCUGA